AUGUCGGGUUCACACAAUGAUAUAAAUGUGUUGGAUCAUUUCCCGGUAUUCAACGGUAUCGUCAAUGGCCAAUUACCUCUGGUUAAUUAUGUAGUGAAUGGACAUCACUAUAGAAUGGGGUAUUACCUGUUUGAUGGCAUAUACCCUAAGUGGGUAACUUUGAUGCAGACUAUCCCGCACCCAACCACUGAAAAGAAAAAUUGUUUGCUCAGCAAUAAGAGGCAUGCAGGAAAGAUGUGGAACAAGCUUUGGGAUGAGCGUCACGCAAAUGUUGGAAGAUGGACUCCGCCACCAAAUGAUGCAAUCUCGAUUCCCACUUUAAGUCGAUGUCCAUCAGUUUUAAUAGCACACAUAUUCUCUUGCCAAUUUCAGAUUCGCAACAGAGAGACAAAUACGCAGUUGAGAAAUGAUUUGAUGGAAAAUUUGUGGAACCGCUAUGGUGAUGAAGAUGUUUAA